CUGUGGGCCGGUGUGGGUCACACUCGGAGGAGAGGGAGUCCUGCGCGUGGUCCAGGUAUAUAGACGACAGGCGUGACCCACUCGCUCACUACACAUCCGCCAUGAGACACUGGUGCGCCUUACUUCCGGUCCUGCUGCUCGCAGUGCUGUCCGCUGCAGACAAGCAGAAGACUUACACCAACAAGUACGACAACGUGGACGUAGAGAGCAUCCUGAACAACAAUCGAAUUCUGACCAACUACAUUAAAUGCAUGUUGGAUGAGGGCCCAUGCACACCCGACGCGAGGGAGCUCAAGAAAACAAUUCCGGACGCACUGCUGACAGGUUGUGAAAAAUGCACUGAGAAACAGAAAACUACAUCAGAACGCGUCAUCGCACACCUGGCGAAAGAGCGCAGCAAGGACUGGGAACGGCUGUUGAACAAGUACGACCCGAAAGGAGAAUACAAGAAGAGAUACGAGGCGCAGAUCCAAGCAGCUGCUCCGAAGUCCUGAGGAGUUGCAGACAAUACACAUUGAAGCUGAACUUUCAGUCGCUGCACAGAGAGGCAGUGAGUGGAGUAGUUCUGAAACAGCGGUCUUUAAAUGUUGAAUAAGCAGUUAAGAAGUGUACGAAAAUUCUUUAAGGCUAAAGAUAAAUCAGGGUCUAUAUUUUGAAGUUCUUUAUCUGUAAAAUUUACAUGUAUAUUGAAUUCUAGGUCACGUUUAUAUCCAGUGAGAAUAUUUUCGAAAAAUCAGCACAUAACUAUGUUCCAUGACCAAUAAUAACAUAACUCAGCUCCAGCGGAGGAAGAUUAGCACUGCGCAAACUCAUACCAUAUUCUAACGUCACGUUAUUACAAAGCGUCGAAGUAAUUACAGUUUGAUUCGUAGAGAAGAAGGAACCUUGUGUCUGUAUUUCUGUAAUUAUUAGCGCGAUUGUCACCGCGAUAUAGCAGUAUAGGAAAUGGAAGAAAUCUCUUAAGAUAUAAAUUUAUUUGUUCGUUUUUUUUUUAAUUAUUUAGCAUGUUCUUUCAGCUAGGUGGGGAGAAACAUAUUCCAAAAGAAAAACACAAUUGACAUUAUCUAAUAA